UUGCUCCCACCGCACAUCGCGCGCCACUCCUGCUCGCGUUCGCAGUGACAUGUCGAUCCUUGCACAGUGUUGACGCGCGUCCCCCGCCCCACACACUAGUGAAGUGCACGGUGCCGUCGCCGAGGGAUGGGAUAGCGACUACGCCAACUACCAUCGAGCGUUCAACACUUAACUACCUAUCGAUUGGAAGCGCCUAGCGCGGCAACGAGAGGAUGAUCGAUCCAUCGUCGUCCGAAGAAGACAGCGAUGAGGAGCAUCGCGCGCCGCGUGGUGGAUCCGGCCAUAAUUCCAGUACACGGUCUCGAGGCGAUGCUCAUCACCAGGCCGAAUCGCCGUAUCACCAUGCGCAUCCGGCGGACGGUGGCGGUGGCGGCGGAGGCGGUAGUAACCUGGAAGUGCCCAAUAAUGCGGCAACGCGAUCCCUUUCGCCGUCCAGUGCCGUGUCGGCUGAGACACUCAGCCACAGCGUUGGAUCAUCGCGUAAUUCCCUACCGCGACCAACAUCUCCGUCACCAUCAGUCGCCUCUGAGAAAACCGAGGUUGAUCUCGAGAAGAAAGCCGAGCGUGAGGAAGAGGAACGCAAGCGACGUAUUCAACUCUAUGUGUUUAUCUCGCGCUGCAUCGCCUAUCCGUUCAACGCCAAGCAGCCUACGGAUAUGACACGACGCCAGACCAAGAUUACCAAACACCAAUUAGAAACCAUCAGCAACAGAUUUCAAAGUUUUCUCAAAGGCGAGACGCAAAUCAUGGCGGAUGAAGCGUUCCAGAAUGCAGUUCAGAGCUACUUCGACGUGUUCCUCAAGUCUGACCGCGUUGUGAAGAUGGUACAGUCAGGCGCGUGCUCCCAAUACGACUUCCGGGAAGUGUUUAGGAAUAACAUCGAAAAGCGCGUUAGGUCUUUGCCGGAUAUGGAAGGACUUAGCAAAGAAACAGUCUUUACCUCAUGGAUGGCUAAAUUUGAUUGUAUACUGAAAGGUUUAGGCGAUGAAGAUUCUAAAAGACCCUCUAGAAUGCAGCAGCAAUCCCUUAAUUCAGAGCUUAUCUUAUCGAAGGAACAACUCUACGAUAUGUUCCAACAGAUAUUAGGAGUUAAGAAAUUCGAACACCAACUGCUGUUUAACGCUUUGAUGCUUGAUUCAGCAGACGAGCAGGCAGCGGCGAUAAGACGCGAACUCGACGGUCGCAUGCAGCGCGUCUCCGAAAUGGAGAAGAAUCGCAAACUGAUGCCUAAGUUUGUGCUAAAAGAGAUGGAAUCACUCUAUAUUGAAGAGUUGAAGUCAUCAAUAAAUCUGUUGAUGGCGAAUCUUGAAUCGCUGCCGGUCUCGAAAGGUUCGAUGGACUCGAAAUACGGUCUGCAAAAGCUAAAGCGCUAUAACCACAGGUUGCACAACCAUAAUAAACCGUAUACAAUGAAGCAUCUUUUGAUGAAUUAUGUUACUUCUUUUAGAUCCCAAGGAUCUUUAGCAAAGUUAGAUGGCGAUUCCGCUGAUAGCGAUACGCAGUUGACUAAGCUUGAUGUUGUGUUAACUUUUCAAUUGGAGGUGGUCGUCAUGGAGGUGAAGGGCCUGAAGUCGCUGGCGCCCAACCGGAUUGUCUACUGCACGAUGGAGGUGGAGAGCGGCGAGAAGCUGCAGACGGACCAGGCGGAGGCGUCCAAGCCGAUGUGGGACACUCAGGGAGACUUCGCCACCACGCACCCGCUGCCCGCCGUCAAGGUGAAGCUCUACACUGAGAAUCCGGGUAUGCUGGCGCUGGAGGACAAGGAGCUGGGUAAAGUGGUGCUUAAACCCACGCCUCUAUCAUCGAAGGCGCCCGAGUGGCAUAAGAUGACAGUGCCUAAGAACCUACCCGACCAGGACCUGCGCAUCAAGAUCGCCUGCCGUAUGGACAAACCGCUCAACAUGAAACACUGCGGGUACCUCUACGCGUUGGGCAAAGGCGUGUGGAAAAAGUGGAAGAAGCGGUACUACGUUCUGGUUCAAGUGUCGCAAUACACAUUCGCCAUGUGCAGCUACAAAGAGAAGAAGUCCGAACCGUCGGAGAUGAUGCAGCUGGAUGGGUAUACCGUCGAUUACAUCGAAGCCUCUAAUGCCCACCUGAUGGUCGGAAUGGGUAAACACCUGGAGGGUGGACGGUACUUCUUCAACGCAGUGCGUGAAGGUGAUGGUAUUCUCUACGCCAGCGACGAUGAGAACGAGUGCCACCUUUGGGUAAUGGCCAUGUAUCGUGCUACGGGCCAGUCGCACAAACCCACACCACCAACUGCGUUACAAGAUAAGAACUCUACCAUCACCAAAAUGCAAGGGGAUGCUGACAGGGCACGGAAACACGGAAUGGAGGACUUCAUUUCAGCGGAUCCAUGCACCUUCGAGCAUGCCACCUUGUUUAAACUGUUACAGAACCUCACUUUGGAGUUCCGCCUCAACGAUCCAUAUUGCUCCUUAGGUUGGUUCAGUCCUGGUCAGGUCUUCGUCCUGGACGAAUACUGCGCGCGUUAUGGGGUACGCGGCUGUUAUCGACAUCUGUGCUACCUCUCUGACCUUCUGGAUCGUGCCGAGAAGAACCUGAUGAUUGAUCCCACACUAAUCCACUAUAGUUUUGCGUUUUGCGCAUCGCAUGUCCAUGGCAACAGCAAUGACUUCAGACCGGACGGGGUCGGCAGCGUGACGCACGAGGAGAAGGAGAAGUUCCAGGACAUCAAGGAGCGGCUGCGCGUGCUGCUCGAGCACCAGAUUACCAACUUCAGGUUCUGUUUCCCGUUCGGACGACCAGAAGGCGCCUUAAAAGCGACCCUUUCGUUGUUGGAAAGGGUCCUCAUGAAAGAUAUUGUAACCCCAGUGCCUCCCGAAGACGUCCGCGGCAUGAUUAAGAAGAGCCUCGAGACUGCCGCCCUUGUAAAUUAUACUCGGCUGUCGAACGAAGCCAAGAUUGAAGAGGACCUCAGAGGUGAGCAGAUUGUGCCUCCGAACAAGAAACUCGAUGAUCUCAUCCACCUCGCCGAGUUGUGCGUCGACCUGCUGCAGCAGAACGAAGAGCACUACGCCGAGCUGCGAAAGGCCGAAGCUGCGCCCAAGCCGCCGUCGGACGCGGACGCGGCGGCCGCUGGCGGCGGCGCGGCGGGGGCGGGGGGUGCGGGCGCCGCGGCCACGCCGAGCCGCGACGCCAAGCAGCCGCAGCAAGCCUCUGUGUAUCGCUAUUGCAUGCCAACGCAUGCCACCUACACCCCGCCAGACCCCACGGCCUUCGCCUGGUUCAGCGAUCUGCUGGUUGAACACGCCGAGAUUUUCUGGUCACUCUUCGCUGUUGACAUGGACCGCGUGCUCGCUGAGCAACCGGCGGACACGUGGGACUCAUUUCCACUCUUUCAAAUCCUCAACGAUUAUCUACGUGCUGAUGACAAUUUGAAAAACGGCCGUUUUCAUCAGCACCUUCGCGAUACCUUCGCGCCACUUGUGGUGCGAUACGUCGAUUUGAUGGAGUCCUCCAUCGCGCAAUCGAUACACAAGGGAUUCGAAAAGGAGCGAUGGGAAAUUAAAGGGAAUGGAUGCGCCACGUCCGAGGACCUUUUCUGGAAGCUGGACGCGUUGCAGUCGUUCAUUAGGGAUCUGCAUUGGCCCGAUCAGGAGUUCCGAACGCACCUGGAGCAGCGCCUCAAGCUGAUGGCUUGCGACAUGAUCGAAUCUUGUAUUCAACGCACCGAGACAGCCUUCCAGCAGUGGUUGAAGAAGGGUGUUAACUUUAUCUCCAACGACUACAUCCUCCCGGGAGAAAUCUGUGCCAUGGUCAAUGUGAUUCUCGACGCCAAAAAUCAGUCCUUCAAGCUGUGCGCAGUCGACGGUAUUGAUGUGCAUCAAUACCAUGCGAAAAUUGACGAUCAAAUCGACAAAACGAUGGCGAACAUGAACACCGCCUUGAUUAACAAAUUAAUGUCCGUGUUGGAGGCUACACUUUCGAAACUCGGACGUUAUGAUGAAGGAAGUUUGAUCGGUUCCAUUUUGAGUUUUACCAAUGUGUCCGGUUCUGGUAAGGACAUCGGCCAAGGAUAUGUGAGUUUCAUGCGCAACUGUGUGGACCAAAUCACUGGCAAGGUCACCAACGAGUUAUGGAUUCUCAGCUUCAUGGAACAAUGGUACACGCAUCAAAUCACCAUGUUGUGUAACUGGCUCUCUGAACGAUUGGAUCACACUUUGCAUCCGGUGCAGUGCACGAGCAUCGCUCACAUCUUCAAGAAAGUCUACUCGGAUUUCGAGCUGCAGGGCAUAAUGGAGGACAAAUUGAAUUCGAAAGCGUAUCAGACUAUUGCCGCACGCAUGCAGACAGAGGAAGCAACUUGUGCACUCACAAUGGGACAAGCUGAAGGUGGUGAAGGCAUGGACGAUGAAGGUGAAGCACGCCCCAAGCCUAAAGCUAACAUCGUUGAGAGUCUCGGCGGUGAGGAAGGCAUCUCCGUGGCGAACAUCUCCAACAUCGUGCAGAACCGUGUCGGGAACAUCCUCGGCAAGGGCAUCGGUGGACUCGGUGCCAAGUUCGGCGGUGGCAGCUGGUUCUAAACGCCAUCUUCAACCAAAUUUCAGUCUCUCUUAACUCUCUCACUCUAAUCCAAACCAAGAAAAUCUUUCUCUCUAAACUGAUUGCGGCGCAGACAUCACAUAUCGAUACGAUAACGCGACACAUUAGUAAAAUUGAAACAAUGACGGAUUGACGGCAAAAAAACAAAGCUUUAUAUUUUCUCAUAUGAUUACCAAAGAAAUAAUUGUAUAAAGUAUCGCGCGGCGUGGGCUUGUGAUUGUGACGUUUUGAUUCGUUAUAUACAUGCAUAAAUUACGUACCUAAGUAAGUUUGAUUAUAACGUACGACAUAUUAUACAUAUACGCAUACGCAUUUAUUACUACAACAUUCAGCACUAAGCAUUUGUACUCUUAUACUCAAGGAGGUGACAAACAGCAACACACACACACAGACAUACAGUACACGAAAAAAAAACCAAAUGAUAAUCAUGAAAUUAACUCACGUAUUCAGUGCACAUUAGAAUAUCGUAACACCAAGCGUAUAAUUAUAUCAUUAUAUAUCAUUAUUAUCAUGGUACCAUGGACUCAUACUAAUCGUAGCCCCGGAAACACCCUCACUGAGACACGGCACAAAUACACACGCAACUAGUGCCUGAAAUACAAGAGUGUAAUCUCCUUGAAAGCGGUUUCGAGUGUAUCGUCACGUACGCAGAAUGGUCGGAUGGUGGGGCAUAACGUAUAGCAAUACAAACCAAUAUUCACAUUCACAAGAUAUAACUGUUGUGUGCGACACGUGUACUGCAACAAAGGUAACACCACAUUCUUUUUGAUAAAUCUAAUUGAACACGGUUAUUUCGUAGUGUGUCUCUAUAAUAAUCUAGCGAAUCUAUUUUGGUAAAAUGUAUAUAGGUAAUAUACGUGCGGAAAAUCAAUAUGGCGUAUAAAAACCAGCGUUUCGACCGUAAACAAACAAACUAAUGAAAACAACACAUACAUAUCAUUAAAAGAAAGAAAGAAAAUAAUGCAUACAUAUUUUACAGAAUACAUAUUUCGAAUUCUAUUUAUUCUUCUUGUAGAAAAUGCUUUGUUAGGAUGAAUUUCACGUUCACGUUAGGGAUGAUGUUGUUGAUUUGAUUAUAGCACGACGUUCUGCGUACGUACGUAUUGCAAAUCAGUUUUUGUUUGUUAGAUGUUAUUAUCGUUUCGUAAUUUUGGGCCAACGGCCCCUAAACACACACAAUACACUGACUUGAGAAAAAUUCAUCAUCGACAAGACGAAGAUAACAAACAAAAUCAGUGCGAGGGUCAUGCGGAUACUAAACAAAUGAUAUUAUAGUAAAUAUAUUGUGGUCCUGGUCGAAAGCAAGCAGGUGGAAUAUUGAACUAAUUACUAAUUAGUAAAUGUGUUAUUGCAUGCCUAUAAUACUUCGAUUUCUUGAGAUUGAGACGCAUUCCAACUGAGAAAAGAUUCCUAAUCUUAAUUGAUAAAACUUGAUAACGAUAAACUCUACUUAACCUUCGUAUUUACCUCUGUAAUUAGUAUCUCUAAUGAAAAGCGAGGCGGCGAUCACCAGCUCAUACUCAUAGAGUAUUAAUAGGUAAUUAAAUUAAACAGGAAAGUCGCAAUAUGAUGAAUGAUCUAUCCUCCUCGACUAUUUGCGCCCCGUACCCGCUAAUUCACACACAGGGAAAAUAAGAAUUGAACUCAGUACGCAGAGAGUGUAAAUAGCGGCCGCCGCAGACCGAUAUUUUUCCAAGCGAAACAAAAAUUAACAAUGUUAAAUAAAUUGUUCGAAUCACAGACAAUCGAACCGCAAAAGCCAUACACAACUUCUACCUUGUAAAACGUUUGCGCGUUGACGCUACAUAUAUUACAUUAACAAACCUGUUGAAGCAUUUGAAAGUUUAACUAACUCUGUUUCUAUAAAUGUAUAUAGAAAUAAGAUUUAACACAAAAAUACUAACGAAACAUUUACGACGCGUGAGUGCGAACGGUGCAAAUUCUAAUGUAAUUACGUAUCCUCCUAAACCUAGAGCAAAAAAUGAUCAAUCUUAUUUUCUCUACCUUAAAAUGAAUCUAAUUAAUAAUUCGCUAAAUGAAGAAAUCUCUCUAGAAUUUUGUAUGUUAGACAUUCGAUGCGGAAAACACGUUGACACAAGUGAAGUAUGAGAAAAUAAUCAAUGAAACUUUGUGUUUUUUAAAGAUACUACACUUGUGGCAAACAUAUGCAACCAAACAUUGAUCCUAAUCAAUAAUGAUAGUUGAAGUGAAAAGGGAAUUUGAAGUAUCCGAGUGCCCGUCGCACGCAUAUCAAACUACGAAUAAAUACAAAAAAUACGACAGCAUCAAAGUGUGUUACUUAAAAGUGAAACUCUACGCCAGUUGCGAGAGUGUGCGUUCUUUUAAACUUGGAACAACCAAUCUUAUAGUUGGAACAAUUACGUAUUAAAUACAUAUAGCGCGUUCGGAACAAUAAUGGCAGGAAACUUUAGCGAAUUUGAAAAAUUGAAACUAAAAUACAUAAAAUACGCCCGCAUAGAAUAUACGCGAGGCCGAGCGUCUGCGGAAAAGAAAAAGGAAAACAUACAACUAUCGUGUCAAGUCUUGAAUGCUUAUUUCUUAUAACUUAACAAAGAUAAACAAGUAAAUAAUAAUAUGAACAUAUAGAUAGAUUCAGGCCUGUGAUGUCGCAUUUGAAAUAAAAAGACUAAACGAGGCCGGCAAAGGAAUACAAAUAUUGAAUGAGAAAUAUUGUUAUGUUUAACUCUGAAUUGUACUUAUCGGAUAAUAAAAUUGUUUUAAAAGAAA